AGCUGGCCAGGCGUUUCGGGUGGUGAGGAGAAUAGGGUAGGCCACUGUUGGUUUGUGUUUCAAAUCCUGAAUAAAAGGUCAGUCCAACAAUAAGAGAAGGUAAAAACAUAUUUUAGGAAGCCUAACACUCUCUGUGCCUGUGAACCAGGUGGGAAGUAUUUGAAAUGCAGGAGGUGCAUUGAGGCAUGUUUUUAAGAUCACAGUUAUAAGAUAAAGUUUAAUACAAAUCUUUGCCCGAAUGAAAUCCAACCCUUUCUUGAACAACAGCUACAAUGAAACAGAACUGCGGAGGAAACCUUAUGUUUAACAUGUAUCUCUCAGAUCCAACAGAAAAUCUGUUGAAAGAAAGCAAAAGUGGACCCUGGAGUCCCAUAAAUACAGGAGCGCAAAAAGGUAGUGGACAGAUUCAACUAUGGCAGUUUCUCCUCGAACUCCUGUCAGACAGCGCCAACAUGUCCUGCAUUACCUGGGAAGGGACGAACGGAGAAUUCAAGCUAAUUGACCCAGAUGAGGUGGCCCGGCGAUGGGGCGAGCGCAAAAGCAAGCCCAACAUGAAUUAUGACAAACUCAGCCGCGCAUUGCGCUACUACUAUGACAAAAACAUCAUGACAAAGGUCCAUGGGAAGCGAUAUGCUUACAAGUUCGACUUUCACGGCUUGGCCCAGGUGUGUCAACCCUCAACAACAGAGCAAGCUCUUUAUAAAUUCCAGAGUAAUUUUGCCCCUAUUCCCUUUUCAGGGAUUUCCAAGCUAAGCCUUGUUGGUCCAGGCGUUGGUCCGUCCGGAUUCUCCUAUUGGCCGGGUUCGCCAGCCACUCUCUACCACAGUCACAACCUCCAACCCCCGGGACCAUUUGGUGCUGUGUCCGCUUCGCACAUCAACUGUGUCAACAACAUCAACAACCUGAAUAACAUCAAUAACCACUACAAUUAACUACUAUUAAUCCACCAAUGAGGCCUAAUCAUAAUUCUCGAUGACUGAUGUAGUUUAAGGCGUGCCUUUUUGGAUUAGGCCUAAUUAUGAUUUUUCCUUUCGAAAUGUUAUCUUGUGAACCAAAGACAUUGUCUUAUCCUAACUGAAUAUGCCAAGGCGCAAUUCAUUAAACAUUUUGUGGAAUGUUUCAAAUGUAAUAACAUGCGUUUUCAGAUAGGCUAUGUAUUUUAGACUAAAUCCAGAUUAAGAACCCUUUUCUUGACAA